CCGAGGAAUUCAAUCUGCUCCCGAGAAGGACAUAUUUCUCAGGCCGGGGCUGGAUUCUGUGCACUUCAGCUCAGCUCCUGUACCAGCUCCGUGUCUCUCUCUCCCUCCUCUCUCAGCCUUACUGCACUCCCUCUCUCCUCUUGUUUCUUUUCAUUUUAUAUAUAUAAUUCGUUUCUGCCCCCUCCAAACAAAGCCAAACAGAAGCCAUGGACGCCAUCAAAAAGAAGAUGCAGAUGUUGAAGCUGGACAAGGAGAAUGCCUUGGACCGAGCUGAACAAGCCGAAGCUGAUAAGAAAGCGGCCGAGGACAGGAGCAAACAGUUUGAGGAUGAUGCUUUACAACUGGAAAAGAAAUUGCGAGCAGUGGAGGAUGAGAGGGAUAAAUUUUUGGAAGAUUUCAACAAGGCCGAGGAACGGCAGCUGCUCGCCGAGGAGAAUGCGACUAAGCUGGAAGAUGAGCUGGUAGCUUUGCAGAAGAGGCUGAAGAGCACGGAGGAUGAACUGGACAAGUACUCUGAAGCCCUGAAAGAUGCUCAGGAGAAGCUGGAAUUGGCUGAGAAGAAAGCUACUGACGCUGAAGCAGAUGUUGCCUCGCUGAACAGACGCAUCCAGCUGGUUGAGGAGGAGCUGGACAGGGCCCAGGAACGCCUGGCUACCGCUCUGCAGAAACUGGAGGAAGCUGAGAAGGCUGCAGAUGAGAGUGAAAGAGGCAUGAAGGUGAUUGAGAACAGGGCCCAGAAGGAUGAGGAGAAGAUGGAACUGCAGGAGAUCCAGCUUAAGGAGGCCAAGCACAUUGCAGAGGAGGCUGACCGCAAAUAUGAAGAGGUUGCACGUAAACUGGUGAUCAUUGAGAGUGACCUGGAGAGGACUGAGGAGCGAGCAGAACUAUCGGAAUCUAAAUCUGCUGAGCUUGAAGAAGAGUUGAAAACUGUGACCAACAACCUGAAGUCACUGGAGGCUCAGUCUGAUAAGUACUCACAAAAGGAAGACAAGUAUGAGGAGGAAAUCAAAGUCCUGAGUGACAAACUGAAGGAGGCUGAAACUCGUGCUGAGUUUGCAGAGAGGUCUGUUGCCAAGUUGGAAAAGUCCAUUGAUGAUCUGGAAGAGAAACUGGCACAAGCCAAAGAAGAAAACCUCAGCAUGCAUCAGAUGCUCGAUCAAACUCUACUGGAGCUUAAUAAUUUGUGAGCUGUCUUAAUUUGCUGCAAACUGGUUGCCCCCCCUCAGUUGUCAUAGGCUCUUCUUGAGAACAAGUGUCCCCUUGCUUUAUGCAGAUGUUUGGCAGGCAGCCACCGUGAUGGCUCAAUCGAAGAUAACGCUAACAGUGAUCGAAAAUACUCCAAAUUAAAAGUCUGCAGUAUCCCACAAUUGCUACAUUUGUUUUUAGAAGUACUCUCCCAGCCAACAGUUUUCAAAAUUACUGGAAAUUACACGCUAUAUUCCGAAAAGCCUCCAUUUUAAAAAGUUGUCCCCCCCGCUCCUGCCACUCAGUUUAGUUCCUGAUAUUUGCCAGAAAUUAUUUUUGAAACCUUGCCAAAUAUGUUCACCCUUUUGUUUCUUUUUCCAGUAGGAGUUUUCGUUUUAAAUGGAAGAAAUAUAUUGGCAACCAGAUAAAGGGGAAAUUUGGAGGCAACACUUUCAACCCGCUUAUUUUUUUUUUUGUAAAACACUGGGUUUUUAAACACUUGCAAAUUAUUUUUUUGAAGGGAAGGGAUAAAAUAUAGGAAUGUUUUAUUAGAAGGUCUGGGUGCUGCAGUUUAUAUAAUAUUACCUGCUUUUGUAACAAACGUGCAUUUCUCUUGUUCCUUAUGACUGAAUUGGUCAAUCUCAAGUUUGACCUGCAAUUCUCCUUCCAUCUAAGUUCAACAUUCCUCGAUGUGAUUUGAAAAGUCUUGUUUUGUUUUAAAUGUAAUAAAAGACACAAAUAGCAGCCCACCAACUCAUUAAAGUAUGAGCAUCGUCUAACUCGUGACAAAAUAAUCAGUCAAAUGAAGUUUGUUAAAGCAGCAAUUAAUUUUAAUUGAAAUGUAGAUGGUAGUGUCACAAAAUGCAUAAUGAGAUUCUAGAAUGUACCUGUUAAUUCCACCCUGCCCAGUUCUGCUUCCCAGUCUAGGUGUGUGAUGGGCCAAUCCAGAAUCUUGUGUUAACAUAGUAAUUAUUAAUGGGGUCUCCAUGCCAACAGGGUUGAUUUGCCUGACAAGUUGUUAAAACCAUAAACAUGAGUACACCAGCGUGGCUGAAAAAAUAAUUGCCUUUUUCCCUUUUGUGUACUGCUGAAUAUUGUACAAAAUGUACGAAUAACUUUUAUUUGUUGCAAAAGGCAAUAAUGAGUAGAACAUUCUGGUAAUGCUUCCCUGUGCACGCUUAAUUGUGAAUUGUUUUAACAAUAUGCUUGUCUGUAAACGUUAUUAUGGUAAUAAACACACACACAUGA